AUGCUGCUAAGGAAGGUGAGGAUGGUGCUGCCCGAAGACCUGCAACAAGCCAUCCGCCAAGACGUGAUUGAAGUUGGUGAGGCGGUGGCCCGCCUCUGUCCGUGGAACGACAAGUUCGACUUCAAGAUUGAAGUCAUCGGGGAGAGCAACUGCUCAAGGUGGCAUCGCGACAACUACUGCGCAAGGGCCAUUGUUACGUACAACGCCACCGGGACGCUCUAUACACCAGAUGAAAACGUCAACUUCUGGGAGCUGGAGAACUGCGGUGUCAAUGAGCACAUCCUUAAGGAUCCCACCUGUGUCAAGUCCGUUGGGGUAGGAGACGUCUUUUUCAUCAAGGGCACCAAGUUCCCGUGUGGUUCGAAAGGCUUAGUCCACAAGUCGCCCGAAGUUCUACGCCACUACAAUGGUAUGGUUGUGAACCGGUUGGUGCUCAAAGUCGACGUCCCGUAG